AUGGCUCAGUCUGUGAGGUCUACUCUAAUUCCUUCGAGAACACCACAGAGCGUUACUAGGACAGUGUCUGCGAAAACCCCAGCUUUUGCAUCGGUCUCGUUUCUUAGAACAUUACCGGAGUUCAAGAAAUACCCAAAACCGUGCUCACUAGUCAUGUCUUGCCAGGGGAAGGCCCAAAACCAGCAACAGUUGUCUCUUGACGAUCUAGUCACGAGUAAUCGGAAAGGAGAGGUUCUUGGCACAAUCAAAGAGUCGCUUUCUAACUGUCUCUCCGAUACCAAUCUUCUUGAGACUGUUCCUGGUCUAAAAUCUAGAAUCAAGGGCAAGGUUGGUGGUGUUUCCUUUCAAGUUCCGUUAUUGUUGUCUUCAAGGACCAAUGCUAAAAUAGCUGAGGAACUUGUCACAGUAGCAAAAUUGAUUUUGCAGGUCAGAGACAUUUAUGAUGCUGGUGAUUAUCUGGUUCUUAUUACUACUGAUCGGCUGAGUGCUUUCGACAGAAAUCUUGCUUCAAUUCCCUUCAAAGGCCAGGUUCUUAAUGAGACAAGUUUGUGGUGGUUCAAUAACACACAGCACAUAACUCCAAAUGCAAUCGUUUCAUCUCCUGACAGGAACGUCGUUAUCGCAAAGAAGUGCUCUGUUUUUCCCAUAGAGUUUGUGGUUAGAGGAUAUGUGACUGGAAGUACUGACACGUCUUUGUGGACGGUAUACAAGAAAGGUGUUCGGAACUAUUGUGGGAAUGUGCUCCCAGAUGGAUUGGUGAAAAACCAGAAGCUUUCAGCUAAUAUACUUACACCAACAACUAAGGCUGAAGAUCAUGAUAUGCCCAUUACUCCAAAUGAGAUAGUUGAACAAGGAUUCAUGACUCAAGCUGAUUUUGACGAAGCAAGUAUGAAAGCUUUGAGCUUGUUCGAGUUUGGGCAGCGUGUCGCCAAGGAGCAUGGACUGAUACUGGUGGACACAAAAUAUGAGUUUGGAAAAAGCAGCGAUGGUGAGAUCUUAUUGAUAGAUGAGAUUCAUACGCCGGAUUCAAGCAGAUACUGGCUUGCGGGUUCAUAUGAAGAGCGCUUCCAAAAAGGCCUUGAGCCUGAAAAUGUUGAUAAGGAGUUCCUAAGAUUGUGGUUUAAAGAGAAUUGCAAUCCGUACGAGGACGAGGUUUUGCCCGCUGCUCCAGCAGAACUUGUAACUGAAUUAGCUUGGCGAACUGAUGGAAGAACCCGUGACAAUGGCAGAUACAUUUUCUUGUUUGAAACUAUCACUGGAUCAAGAAUUGACAUUCUUCCGACAGAGAUUGUUGUGAUUUCGUCUUGA